AGCCCCCAGCCGGGGAGGGCUGGCAUGUCCCAGCCCUGUGGAUGCUGCCCUGGCCGCAGAGUGGGACCAGAUCCUGCGCCUCGCCUCGGCAUCGCCCUUGCUGGAGCCCCUCCGUGAGAAAGGUCCCGGAUCUUUCACCGCCUCCUGAGGAAUCAGAAACUUGCGGAGCCGCCGGGGAUCAGUCGGGGCUGGGGGGAUUCAGGACCCCCCCCGCCUGUGCUGCUGGUCGGCCCCUGGAAUUGGGGAUUCUCCUGCCUACGCUGCUGGUCACCCCCUGGAAUUUGGGAUCCCCCUGCCAACGCUGCUGGUCACCCCCACGGCCGCAGGUGGUGAGGAUGGGGCUCACCGGCACGGCCAGCCAGGCUGUCCUCAGGAGAGGCAGUGGGAGGCAGUGGAGCUGGCCUCGGCACCGGGAGAGGCUGGACUUCCCGUCUCUCUGUGCUGAAUGGCUGCGAUGGCGCCCGCUCUCACUGACGCAGCAGCUGAAGCUCACCACAUCCGAUUCAAGCUGGCUCCCCCGUCCUCCACCUUGUCGCCUGGCAGUGCCGAGAGCAACGGCAACGCCAACAACAUCCUCCUGGCUGCCAACGGCACCAAAAGGAAAGCCAUUGCUCCGGAGGAUCCCAGUUUAGAUUUCCGAAACAACCCUACGAAGGAAGAGCUGGGCAAGCUGCAGCCGCUAGUGGCCUCUUAUCUCUGCUCGGAUGUAACAUCUGUUUCUUCAAAAGAGCCUCUGAAGCUGCAAGGAGUCUUCAACAAGCAGACAGUCCUUAAAUCUCACUCUCUAUUAUCUCAGUCCUUCUUGAAAACAAGUGAUCUGUUGGGGAGGCAACCGGUGUUGGAAUUUACUUUGGAGAAUCUAAAAACAAUGAGUACUAAUAGCCAGCCACCUCUCCCGCAAGCGCCUGUAAACGGCUUGGCCAAGAAAUUGGCCAAAAGUACCAAUUCAGACCAUGAAAAUUCUAGUGCUCUGAAUGGUGGGAAGUGUGCUCCUCCUGCUGCUGCCCUCCAGGGCGUUGACUAUAACGCAGGGGGUUCCGAAUUAGGGGAUUUGAAGACCGGGUUGACCAAUUGCACUCUUCCACAUAGAAGCCUUGAUGCAGAGCACAUGACUCCGUUUAGCAAUAAUAGCACUGCAAACAAAUCUUCCCUUAAUUCCAUGGAGCAGCAGCGGGUGCUCGAGGGUGGCAGUGGAGAGCCCAGGUUGCCUGGUGCUGCUGGUCACUCGGACUUCGGGAGCGGUAAGUCGGAGGAGCAGAAGCCUUCUCUGUUGGCCAGUCACCACAGUGCUCUUGACUCCGAGAUGAGGACGAGGGCAUUGCUGCGACGGCAGGCAGACAUCGAGAGCCGGGCUCGCAGGCUGCAGAAACGCUUGCAAGUGGUGCAGGCGAAGCAGGUGGAGAGACACAUCCAGCAGCAGUUGGGUGGCUUCUUGGAGAAAACUCUGAGCAAGCUUCCAACUUUGGACCCCCUGAGGCAUCGGAGCCAGUUGAUGUUGACCAGAAAAGCAGAAGCAGCUUUGAGGAGAGCUGCGAGCGAGACAGUUACUUCAGAAGGCCUAAGCAGCUUCUUGAAGAGCGAUUCGAUAUCGGAAGAACUGGAGAGAUUCACGGCCAGUGGUAUGGCCAACUUGAGAUCCAGCGAACAAGCGUUUGACUCGGAUGUCACUGACAGCAGCUCGGGAGGAGAGUCUGACGUUGAAGAGGAGGAACUGACCAAAGCAGACCCAGAACAACCCCACGUACCACUGAGACGAAGGGCAGAGUGGAGAUGGGCAGCAGACCGUGCAGCCAUCGUCAGUCGCUGGAAUUGGCUCCAAGCCCACGUCUCGGACCUGGAAUACCGAAUCCGGCAGCAAACGGAUAUUUACAAGCAGAUUAGAGCCAACAAGGGGCUGAUAGUUCUCGGUGAAGCAUCACCCCCCGAUCCUGCAGUAGAUGAUGCGUCCCGUCCCGUUAGUGCUGAAGUGAAGCUGGAGCCCGGGGCUGACCGGCUGAGUGUUUCUGGAUCCCAGCCACUAGAGAACUUGGGGAUUUCUGCUUCAAGUACUCCUGAAUCCCAUCCCGCCAAGCCCUGUGGAGCACCAAGACCUGUCAAUGGAGUUAUUAACACUCUUCAGCCUGGCCUGGCAGAACACGCUCAGGGAGAUGGCCAGGAAGCUGAGGAGCUCUUGCAUAAAAAGCAACGACUGAACAUGGUUUCUUCAUCUUCUGAUGGAACGUGUGUAGCAGCUCGCACUCGCCCAGUACUGAGCUGUAAGAAGCGACGGCUUGUUCGACCUAGCAGCAUUAUGCCCCUUUCCAAAAAGGUCCACCGUAACAGCCUGGUGCGAUGUAGCUGCGAUGUGAACCCCUCGUGCGCUCUGUGCGGCACCCGAAGCUCGACGACUCUGGAAAUCCAGUACGAUGCCCCGCUGCUGGAGCGCCUCUCCCAGCUGGACUCCUGCAUCCAUCCUGUUCUAUCAUUCCCAGAUGACGUGCCGACAAGCCUGCACUUCCAGAGCAUGUUGAAAUCUCAGUGGCAGAACAAACCCUACGAGAAAAUCAAAGCUCCCAAAAAGCUCUCGCUCAAGCACAGAGCCCCCAUGCCUACCAGCAGCCUGCCCGACCCUAUUCGCAAGGACCGCCACAAGCUGGUGAACUCGUUCUUCACUGCAGCCAGUAAGUGUCCUCUCCUCGUCCCCGCCGCGUGCAGAAACAUCGCCCCGGUCUUGUACCCAAAAGCAGUGCAGUCUGGGAGGAGAGAGGAGGAUGCCCUUCAAACUGAGCCCUCGGGGAUGAGGCCAGGGCUGAAGGUGAAACGUGUGCAGGAUGGUGAGGUGGUCCCGGUUCGUAGGGACCCCUCCUCGCCCAGCCCGAGGCUGUGCUCACGCAGCUCUCCCGGCGCGGGCAGUGCCACCGCUCAGCUCAGCGCGGCUGCCCGGGGCCGGGAUGGCGUUGAGCCCGACCCGGCUGGAUUCACGGAGCUGCUACGUCCUGCCCAAGCCUCCUGUGCCGACAGAAAGAGAGGUGAAAACAGGCGUUUCAUAGCUCUUUCUCUGUUCCCCUCCUCAGAGCGCUCACAUCAAAAAAUCCAACCAGACAAGGCACACAGGCCGGCUUUAGACGAUUUUACGGCCGUGUCCAAGGCCGAGAGAGCGCCAGAGCGCUCGCUUGUCCAGCCUCCUGCCUAUGACAAAAAGCGAUUGCGAGACUGCUCAUCUGAGAGGAGUGAAGUGUUGAAGCAUCAUGCGGACGUCGGUGGCCCGAGCUACUUGUCGGCGGCUGCGACCCCUGCCCCUCACAGCCCUAUAGCACGGCAACUGUCCACCUCCUCGGAAGGCUCUGCCCCUGCCAGUACGAGCUCACAGGGCACCUCCAACGCAGCCCAGCCAAGGAGGAGGAGAGGGGAGAGCUCCUUCGAUAUUAACAACAUUGUCAUCCCGAUGUCUGUCGCUGCAACAACGCGUGUGGAGAAGCUGCAGUACAAAGAGAUCCUCACACCCAGCUGGCGUGAAGUGGAUAUCGGCACUCUGAAGGCGAGCCCUGAUGAAGACAACGAGGAGAUCGAGGACUUGUCUGAUUCGGCCUUCGCUGCUCGGCAUGGCAAAUGCGAAGAGAUGGAGCGGGCCCGGUGGCUUUGGAGCACGAGCAUGCCCCCGCAGCGGCGGGGCAGCAGGUCCUACAGAUCGACAGACGGACGGACGACCCCCCAGCUGGGGAACCCCUCGACUCCCCAGCCAGCAUCCCCCGACGUGGGCAGCUGCCACUCCCACUCGGAGCUGUCCCACACCCACUCCCCGCGCAGUCCCAUCAGCCCCGAACUGCUCUCUGCCCCCCUCACGCCCCUGUCCCGCGACUCCAUGCGGCUUCUGUCCAGCGAGGACACGCGCUGCUCCACGCCCGAGGCCGGCCUCGACGAGCAGGCCGUGCUGCCCUGGGAGCGGCGCACCUUCCCACUGUCGUACGAUCCCAGGACAGAGUGCGAGGACCAAUCCGACCCCCAAGACCGGUCGUCGCGCUGCACCCGGCGCACAUCGGGCAGUAAAUCCUCCCGGGAGACCGAUGGCACUUCUGCUUUGCCCAACCUGGCCAGCCUCAAGAGCCGAACCCCCCUGGCGACACCCUCCUCCUCUUCCUCCGCAGCAGUUCAGCGGCCAGCGCACAGAUAGAGACAUACGGGAAGACAUGAGCAAAACCAACACACAGAACUAACUCUUGGCAUUAAAGCUUCCAAAAUCUGCGUUUGAUAUUCAAACAUCCUGCCGGGAAUUUUCACAGUUUUUAGUGAAUUUAAGGAGUUUAGAAACUGUUUUUUGUUUUUGUUUUUUUUCCAUGUUUCCUUGUCACACAAAUGAGAGCCCCCAGAUUCCUCCCAGCGGAGUGAAGCCUCGGGAGGGGAGCAGCCCACCAGUCCCCCUCCCUCUUUCCUCCCCUCCCCUCUUAGGUGUAUAAAACUAGAGCACAGGAUUUAGCUGACUAGCGGACUUCGGGGAUAGUUUUUCUCAAGCAAAAGGGUGUCUUUUUCUCUUAACCCGCUCCCCCUCCCUGAAAGGUUUUAGUGGAGUGAAAUUAGUGGUGAAAAAGUGAUGUCUUGGGAUUGCAACCUUCACUAGCUGUCUGUCUGUCCUCACGUGCAGCGUGCCCACCCUGCAGUGCCACCCUCCGGCGCUGCCCUACCACAGGUUGUGGUUCCAGGUGUCCCGGGGCGGUGACAGCCCCCGACCCCCCCUCUGCCCCUGGCUGCCCCCCACCGCUUCCUUCCUUCUCCUGGUCCCGGAGCAGCCGCCGGCUGUGCCGAGCCCUGGCCGCUGCCUCAGCCGGGGAAAAGGAAGGACCCUUUUAGCCGCUUGACGCACAGCUCCGCGUGGGAGGAGAGGGAUUUCAGGCACAGCCCUGUUCACACCUCGCGUUGUUACCCGGGGUGGAAGGUGGGGAGGGGAGAGCCCCCCGCGUGGUGCGGCCGGGUGCUGCGAGUAGAGGCAGGACGCGCCAUGCACUUACGGACUCCCUUUGGGGAUGUGGUCGCUGGCCGAGGCCAGCAGCAGCUCUCGGCUGGGAGAUGCGGGUCUGUGGCUGUCGCUAUGAGCUCUGCCUUUGUGUCCCCUGCAGGGUUGGGAAGGUUGGGUCAGGGCAGCUCUGGGCUGCGGCCCUGAGGAGCCGCCGAGAGCUGCGGGUCGAGGGAGCGUCCCAUGGCAGGAGCGGGGCUGGGCAAGUCUGGGUUGCAAGGCCGAGGCGCUGGGAUGGUUCCUUUCGGUGGGUUUGGUCUCAGAGAGAAGGGGAAAAAAGAGAGGGAAGAGCGGCGCUUUAUCGGGUGGGUGGGCAGCUCCCGCCGGCGCUGACGUGCUGGGAGGGAUGGGGAUCCGUCACCACUGCUUCGCUCCACUUCCAUGCACGGUCCGAGAAAGGUGUCAAUUCUGUUUCAUUUCUGAGUCUGGUCUGACACGCCACCUCCUGACAGGUAUUUUAUUUUGGAACCAACUUCGCUGUUGUUCCUCCCGUCCCUCCCUCCCCGGCCCUUUGCACCCGCAGCGACUCCCGGAUCCCGCACACCGUUCCCAUCUGUAACGCUUUCUGAUCCCGACGGUGUGGCUAUUGGUCCCUGUCCUGUUGCUAGCAUUGUGCCUGUCUUAUGUAUAA